ACAGCCCUGUUCCCACUGAGAAAUCAAUGAAGAAAUUCUCUGGUGGUGAAAGGGGUGAAGUAGUUUUGAAAUCAGUGGAGCUGAAAUUAUUUACAGCAGCAGAGAACACUAUCACUACUUUCAGUUUUGAGAAUACUGAGAAAAAGGCGUUUUAGAAAUACAUAUAUAUCAAGCAUCUGUUUCAACCAUUGCCGAUUUCAUUCUAUGAGCCUAGUAAUAAAAUCCAAGACACACUAAAUCCUGAAUGGUUAAAUAUUUGUGACUUGACUGGACAACAUUUAAGCAUAAUCUCUUCAUAAUCAUGAAUCAUUGUUAUUGAAGUACAGAUGUUCCAGGGAGAUUCUCAUUUCACUCUACACCAAAUAUUUCAUGGAACAGUCUACCUGUGAAUGUAUUUUGUGCUUACUCAAGCACUUAAAGUGGAAGCUAACCCUUGGAAUUAGUGAAAGCUGAACUGACAAACUAGAUCUGAGGAGAAGUGACUCUUCUUGGCAUCUGGAAUAAUAAAUAAAAUUUUUUUCCUCCAGUGUAUAAAUGGAAACAUGAAAGUUAUCGUAAGAGUUUUCUAAAAUGCUUAAAUGUUGAACAAGAAAUAAUGUAAGCAGUUUAAUAGAAGUGCAGUGUACAAUUUUUGUCUUAUUUUUAAAGUAGAAAUAAGUUUAAUAAGUUAAAUUUUAUUUGUAAAUUUAACAUGUGGAGGAAACCAAUAGAUGAUUAAGAAGUACUGUACACAGGUAUAGCAUAAAAUUACUGUAUGUUCUGUUCACACAGAAAUUGUGAAAGUAUUUUAGCCUGAUCAGAUGAGCAGAAUCUACUAUGGUAUUAAUGCAUAAUAGGAGUUCUGGAUAACCCAAACUAAAUGGUAUGAGUAAAGACUAAAUGUAUUUAUUAGGAAGGACUGUAAAAAAUGAACAUUCGGUGUAGUCCCACUAAGACCAUUCUGGUUUUAAGGCAGAGUCAUGACAGGUCAUGACAAUAUUCCUUUGCACAUAAUCCCCAGUAAUAUCAGUGAAUAUAAUAUUAAAAAUAAUCUGAUGGACUGACCAGUGAAAUAUUCCAGUCUUCAUUGUUUUGUAUAUAGACUUGAAUUCCCAUGACUGUAAUACAAUAUUCAAGGGCCACCUAUUCCAAGCAUGCUAACAAUGAGGAAGUCAGGCAGAUACAGCAGGAGGCUCACUGGGUGAGCUGUGGGUUCUGAGGGAAUGGGCAGAGGAAGUGGCUGAGCCACAGUGUCACAUUUGAGAAGUAAGUCGUGGCAAUGAAGCUGGUGGAGCUGUCAGUGACUGGCAAAGGGGAAGCACAACUACUGUUUUUAGAGAAGCAGUAAAGAACAUCAGUGGAACUACAGGCCAAUCAGCCACAACCCUGUGCCUGGCAACAUCAUGGGUCAGAAUGUACUGGGCUCACAGGGCAUGUAAAUACAUUGAGUGUAUACAACCACCAUGUGUACAACAACUUCUCCUCUGGACUGAGCAGUUUCACCUGUCAAGAUUCAUUCCUGACUACUUCUUUUCUGCCUUCUGCAUUGUAAAAGCACACAAUUAAUUUCGCCAAACUGGGAAACUGCCCCAGUGUAGUGACCAGCAGUGUCAGUUCACCAGUCUAGUUCACUGCAUGAAAACCCUCGUGGUAGCGAGGAGGCGAAGCAGGAGUGGCAGCAACUUUUCUAUCAAGACUGCACACUAAUUCCACUUAAAAAAAUACCCCAUAAUUUUCCUUUGCCAUGAUUUUGUCUUCUCCAGCCCUAAAACAUAGCUCUAGGGAAUUUUCCCAGCAAAAGAAAUUAGAAUGUUACGUUACAAACUUGCUGGCUUCACAUGCAAAUAUGCCAAAAAUAUGCAAUAUAUCUGUUUCUUAGUUAUGUAGGUCAACUGCAUGUUUAUACUUUCCUUAGCACACACAAACUACACAUAUUACUAAUCCAGUCAUGAAGUAUACAAACAUGUAAAUAAAAAUACUACAAAUUGGAACAGCCUACCAACAGUUACCCAACAGGUAGUGACUGCAACAGCCCACCCUGCCUCCGCCAACAAAUACAGUAGCAGUACAGCCAUCACAGCCUUAGUGCAAGGUAGAUUGGUAGGAAAGGGAAUAAGUUCCAAUAAACCAGCAGUGAGAGCUGGGAGAGAAAAGUUUUACAAGGACCAGCAGUAUGUAACUGUGGGCUCUUAAAUCACACAAGUAAAGGACUGCUCUGGCGUGGAGAAGGGCUCAAAUAUGCAUAUAUCAUGCUCAGGAGAGCACAUUAGAGCUUCCUGUAACUUCUGUCAUUGCUGCAGGCUAUGUGAUGCUCACUGUAGCCAACAUCUGCCCAACAGCACAAGCAUAGGGAAGCCACAAAUGAACUUCAAAUUUGAAUAAACAUUUGCAGUAAAUGCCCCAGAACACAGGGGAGUUUGAUGUCAGCUGACACAUCUGAACUUUCUGGUUGGUCCAAUAGUUGAGUUCAGUAAAAAACAUGGAAAGAAACAGCAGUCCAAGGCUAGUGUAAGUAUAGUGCAGAUAAAUAAUAAAAUCUGCAUUCCUCUUGUAAGUUUCCUCCACCCAUUCCUGAUUUUGUUUCUCUGAUCUCUAGUGAGGACAGAACUUUGUUUUUCUGAGUAUGGGUGGAGUCAAAUGACUUUUGAGGAGGGGAGGAGGGGAUUCCUAUAAAAUCCAAUGCUUACACAUCCUGAAGGAGACAAAUUGGUUUGUUCAGCUAGCCAGAUGGUAGCUCAAGAGAAAGAUGACCUGGUGGUUUGCAGCACAACUCAAGAACUUACAUACAACUGGAAGGUGAAUGAAGAGCUUAAUAUCCCAUACAAGCCUUGGCUAUCUUAAUAAGGUAAUUUCUUGAUGCUACACUUGAUUUUUGUUACUUCUAACUCGUUGCUCACAGCAUUCAGCCACUCUUUUCCAUCCUAAUAUGCUUUGUCAAUAAAAUGCUAUAGAUCAUACUCAUUAAACUGACUCCUAAAAUUGUUGCGAAUGAUGCUGUGAAGUUAGAAAGGAAAAUUUAAUGAAGAGUUCCUCCUGAAUUUGUGUCUGAGGAGCAGUAACUAGUACAACUCUAUUUUAGUUGAAGCUCUAGUGACAGGUGAGCAUCAGCAGAACCAGUCUGAGUGUUAGAUGAAAAUAAUAAGGUAUCUGAAUGUGACAAACAUAGCCUGUUCCUUGCUUGUGUACCAAGUCACAUGUGUGGAGGAAGUUUCAGCAUAAAUAACAAUUGAUUUCUUUGUUUCUUUCCAUCUUUCUUCUAAUACAACCAAUAAAACAAGACUAUAUAAUUUAAUCUGUUGUUAAUUUAUUAAAGCAAUAUUUUGUAUUUAGUUUUACAUAGUUCCUGUUUCAAGGUAUCAGCGUUUGGUAAAAGUUCUUUGGUGUCUAUGUAUAUUAAGUAUGUUUUUCUUCUUUUUCUCUCUCUUUUUUUUUUUUUUAGUAAGUCCAAAUCCAAGGUAAUAGUACAAUGUUUGUACUGGAAACCCAAACCAAAAACCCCAAAACCCCCAUUACAAAGUCACAUUUCUUUAAAUGUGGAAAAACUUAAUACUUGCCCUUUUUGGUCUUCUUGGGGAACCUAUAUCUGUAAAAUAUCACCAGCUCACAAGGAGCCCACUCAGCGUCCAUUCAGAGAGAGUGAAUACAUUUAUUUGGGGAGUGUUAAGUAUGAGUUGCAUGAAAACAAGAGAUUUAGGAUUCAUACUAACAACAGCUUUUUCUUGAAUCCACCACCAUGUUGUUUUGCAAUGUGUAGCAAAUGUAUUCAACUCAUUUGCUCUUUUGAAAGAGUAAAUUAUAACAUGGAGCACAAGAUAACCAAGUAGAACAAGUAUCUGUCUUCACAAGUUUAUUGGCACCCUAAAAUGUAAGCAAUAAGAUAAGCAUUUUAUAAUUGAUUUUUAUUAUUGUCUGAUAAGCUUUCUGAAUCAUUGGCAUGAAUCAAAACAGAAAUAGCUUGGAGAACUUGUAGAGCAUGAAUAGAGGAACAGCUCCAGUGUCUCAGAAAGUGUCUUUGUAGCUAUCCAGGUGUAAAGAUAAAAGUUGCACUCCUGCCUGCGUGUUCUUGCUGGCAAAAUUUGCCAUGAGCAUAACAACACUACUAACAGAGCUGUCCUCUCUUGCUGAUGCACACACCAAGCCCAGACUUUCCUGAUUUAAGUCCAUGUCUCACAGGACAUCUGUUCCAGCAGCCAUGAGAAAUUUUGGAGGUAGGAGUCAGUGGUAUGCUAGACAGAAUGUUUGUGCUUCCAGGCACUGCUUUACAUUUUUGAGGGAUGUUGUGUAUGACCAGGCACAACAGGAGGAGCAGUUCCCUACAGGUCUUUCCUCCUUUUUAUUUAGAAGGUCAGUUCCAGGGACAAAAUGGGUAAGUGAAAAUAUUAAUUAUUAUUAAAUAGUAUAUAUUAAUAAUUAAUUAAUAUCUUAGUGUUUACCAUUACUCAAUAGCUAAGAGCAAAAGGAGAUCCUAUGUAGAUUUUUUUCAGCUUAGGAUGUUUGCAAUUACAUAAUCUUACAAUAAAGAUUGUCUCUUGCAAGUGAAGAAGGAAGAAAGCAAAGUAUGGUGUCAGAACCAUGUUCCUUUAUUUUCAUAUCUAUGCUUUCUUCUACCCUGUUUAGGCAUUCCAACAAUUCUCUAUAGUAUGCAGCUGCACUGCUUUCAAAUCCAUAGGGCUGCUGGAAAAUAACUAUCUCAUUAAUUAAUAAUGCAACUGAAAUAGUAAUUUCAUUUUGGAAUAACAUGUAACACUGUGAUCAUUAAAAGGAACUGAAGGAUGAAUUCUGAGCUGUGACAUAAAAGAUGUGUUUGUCGUAAGGAAACAUGCUGUUCAUUUAAGUUUGUGAGCAGUAAGGCCCAAUUUAUUCUCCUCCUGGGACAGAGUUUGCCUAAUGAAAGUGAAGGGUGCUGGGUGGUGUCAUGCAGAUUUUAUCAUGCCUGUUUUAGUCUGGGUGUUGCCUGGUAAGCAUCAGGAUUUCUUCUAUCUGUCUUGUGGCCCAAAUUAUAAUCCCUUGCCUAGGCAUGUCUAUGCAGAAUGCAGAAAUAUCAGUAUCACUCUCCCUAGGCAGGCUCAUUUAGCUUGAGUGUUGUGUUCUUUUUAUGUUCUUCCAAGCCUCAAACAAAAUUAUGACCAUGCUACUUGAACUCAGCAUUGUCAGAAUGCUACAGCUACAGCUUGAUAUAAUUUCUUUAUUUUCUUAUAGUUAACUGAGCACUAAUACAAGUAUUAAUGCUUCCAACUUUACAAAAUGUAUGACCUUGGAAAGUGUUAGCUACAUUUGACAACUAAGAAAACAGGCACAGCCAGAUCUAACAACUUGCUUAAGAUUAUCCCAGAAACUGUGGGAACGAAAACCUGAUUCUUUCAUACAGACCUCAACAUAAGGCAGUCUCUCCCUCUCUUGUGGCUGUUCUAAGAUUUUUUAAGAUGUGCAAAUGUCAGUCCAGACAUGGGGCAGUAGAAUGAUUUGGUUUCUGAUCCCUACAAGGCUUUCUUGGCUUCUUUCCCCCACCCUGCUGCAGUGAUUCAGAUCCUGCUGAGAUCAUGCACCUCAAGGGAGCAAAUCACAGGACUAGUGACUGCUUCUUUGUACUGGAUAAUUUCAAGUGGUAUGGAUUCCCUCACGCAGCUCAUUUUUCCCAGGUGCACACAGGGUAGAUAAUUUUAAGAAUAGUACAUCUUCAGCUAUCCCAAGUUUCCCAUUCUCCUCCUGAGAUAGGUCUUUUUUGGUCUUCUGUAUCUUGUACAAUAUCCCUGUUCAGAAUUUAGUGUCCGUGAAGAAACCAGAAGAAUGUAUGAAUGUUUCUCUCCCUCCAGCCAGAUCCCAUAUCUUCCAUGCACUGCAUGAUUGCUGUGUGUUUAUCACCAAACUUUUAAGGGGAAAUAUGUUUUUUCAGUUUUGUGCUUAAUAAGAUGUUCUUGCCUAUGAAUAUAUCUUUGCAAGGAUGGAUGUGCACAAUUUUGGCAAAAACGCUUGGUGUUGCAGGAACAAUUAAUAUUUAUAAAUGCUAAAAUGUUGAGGACUCUACAAUUCUUCUAUCUUUGAAAAUCUUCAUGUCUGAACAUUUUCCCAUUGUCUUCUCUCAUUUGUUUACAUCUGCAUGCUUCUUUUGUUUUCUUAACUCUGUACUUGAAUUAAAAAAAAUAAAAAAAUUCUUUAUUCAGUCGUCUGUCUCUGGAGGCCUUUGUUACCCAGGUAAUAUUUUCAGUCAAACCUCUGUAAUGAAUGUUGUAUUUUAACUUCAUAAUUACUUGUGUAAGCCAUUCCUAUAAUAUUUUAACACGGGCCUUCUACCAAUUUGCAGAUCUGUUAAAAAACCUCAUCACCAUCACUACCACUCCAGAAAAAAAAAAAGAAAAAAAGAAAAAACAACGCAAAAACCAGAGAAGAACUAAGAAUUAGAAAAUAUGCAGGCUAAAGACAGCAAUCCACCAGACGGUGGCUAUGGAUGGGUUGUGGUAUUGCUAGCCUUCAUGGUGAUGGGCCUCACUGUUGCUGUCCUCAAGACUUUCGGUCUGUUCUUUGUUGAAAUCCAGCAGCACUUUGAUGAACUUGCAAGCACCACUUCCUGGAUCACAUCAGUAACUAUUGCCGUCUUUCAUUUAGGAGCCCCUGUUGCCAGUUCACUGUGUGUACAAUAUACCCAUCGGACAGUUGUGAUCACUGGAGGACUUCUGGCUUUUUCAGGAAUGGCACUGGGAUUUUUUGGACUCAACAUGGUCUGGAUGUAUGCAACAACUGGCUUCCUACAGGGUCUUGGCAUUUCUUUUUCAUGGACACCAGCUAUUAGCAUUGUUAGCCACUAUUUCUCCAAGAAAAGGGCUUUGGCCAAUGCUAUUGCCAGUGCUGGAGAAUGUGCCUUUGCAUUCAUGUUCGGGCCAUUUUUCCAGUGGUUGAUUAGUCAAUAUGGAUGGAAAGGUGCCCUAUUGAUCAUAGGUGGCAUCCAACUCAAUAUUUGUGUCUGUGGAGUACUGAUGCGACCCCUGGCAAGCAGCUGCUUCCUUGAGGCCAGCCAUUUUGAAACUGAAAUACCACCUGGCAACGAUGCAUCCAGGACAGACAAAGAAGAUAAGUCUCCCAUCAUGCACAAAACCUUCAACUGGAUGCUUGUGAGGCGACCAGAAUUUGUACUUUAUGCCAUUUUUGGUAUAUUAGCUGCUAUGAGUUUUUUUGUUCCUCCAUUAUUUUUAGUUCCACUUAGCUACAGCCUGGGAAUAGAUGAAUCAUGGACUGCAUCCCUCCUAUCCAUUUUGGCUAUGGUAGACUUUGGAGGCAGAUUGCUGUGUGGCUGGUAUGCCAACCUCCAUGUUACCAAAACCAUUCAUUUGCUGGCAAUGGCGAUUACAUUGAUCAGUACUUCCCUGAUGCUCUUGCCACUGGCUAACAAUUACCUUUCCUUGGCAAUAUUCACUGGCUUCUAUGGAUUCUUCUUUGGUACAACAGUCGCCAUUCACAUUACAGUGCUGGCAGAUGUUGUGGGCAUGACAGAAUUUGACAGUGCCCUAGGACUUUUCAUGCUUAUUCGAAGCACUGGAGGUUUUGUGGGGCCUCCUCUUGCGGGUCUGAUUGUGGACAUGGCUGGAGAUUACAGAGCAGGCUUCUACAUGGCCGGAGCCGUACUUGUCCUAUCAGCUGGAUUUUUAAUUAUUUUAGAUCGACUCCAACAGAGAAAAAUAAGAGGAAGCAAGAUUAGAACUAAACCAGAAAAGUCGACAUUAACCUACCCUUCCCUCCGUAUCCUGAAACAUCAAGCCAGAAGGGAAUCAGAUGAACCCUUAAUAAAUCAGCUACCUGUGGGGCUUGGUUGAAGAACACGUAUUGGAAGGAGCACACCUGAGUAUGCAAAGUCCUGUAAGGGAAGGAUGCAGAAGAAAAUGAGAAGUUGCCCCCUUGCCCCUUUCAUGCUAAUUAAUGCAUUCAGAAGCUGUACUGAAAGGAAUUUAAACUCGUGAUAGUCAUAAGAGGACAGAUC